AACGGUCUACAAAAACUCCCCAAUUUGUUUUUACUGAGGUAGGCUCUCCUAGCUCCCCGAGAAGGGAGAAAAAAAAGUGCGAGAGAAGAGUAAAAAGCGGGCAUCUGUUCACGUAGUGACACAAAGGCGACGAGGAGAGGAAAAAAGAGAGAGCGAGCAACCCAAGUGUCAACGAACGGCGCCCGUUUCGCCCGAGCACCAGCACAGGCAACGGGGAGCGUAGUCCGCCGGCUAGCACGACCUGCUACCAUUUUACGGCCAACGGUGCACAACGCGCAGCAGCACGGGCAGCACGCACAGCACCUAGCGGAGGGAAGCCAAGGUGGCCCGCCCCAGCCCAAGCGAGCCUGCCCGGCUGCGGGGGACGAUGCACUGCGAAUGCGCGCUGUUUUGCGGCGGCUGUUGUUGGCUCGGCCGCCCUCUCCGCGGCAGGAAAGGGAAAUUCCCGGGACAACGCGUCCUUUCUGCUUUGACGUGAGCUGGCGCAACGCUACAGUAGUGCGCCGCGUGCUGUCUGGAGCAAGUGAAGGCAAGUCGGCAAGUUCGCCUCCUUCCCCGCGUCGUCCUCGCCCCGUGACCUUGGGACCGAAAGAAGGAGCCGCCGCGGCGGAGUGGCACGUGGGCGCGCACUACUUUCUCUCGCCCAACCAAGCAACAACAUCCCGGGGCAGUUGGAGAGAAGGGUUGCGUGCCGUGUUGUGCCUUUGGUUGUGCGGGCGCUUCCGCGCUUCUCAUCGUCUGCUCCGGGUGGGAGAGGGCGGAGAGCAGACGACCAACCGACCGACCUCCGCCACCCCUCCGCCGCUUUGUCGUCGUCUGCUACCCCGAGGUUCCGACACCGGCAGGGCCGGCAGGCGCGCUGCUCCACUUGAUCGCGACUGCUUGGCUGGCUCGGAAGGCUGCGAUGCUGGCGGCGCUCGCCGUCGUGCCUCACCGGUGAACCGACAGGCGACGGUUGUUGGCGAGCUGCUGAGACUGCCUUUUGGAUGCCACAGUUGUCCCUUGGACGGCUCCGGGACAACGAGGGCACUGUGUGCCCAGCAUGCUGUCUCUGCGGGCGUCGGACUACCUGGGCCCCCAGGUGCUGUGCAGCAAGGGCGAGCCGGGUGAGGAGGUACGCAAGGUGCGCAGUGCUUCCGAAGGCCGCUACGAGUGGCCGAUGAGCCUGCCCGUCGAGGGGGCCGAGCCCCUGCCCUGGUUCCGACCCCGAGAGCCCCUGUAUCCGCCGCCGGCCUACCAGCGCUACCCCCGCUACACGGUGCCCUACCGUCCCUUCCCCGAGGGCCUGCCCUUCCCGGCUGAGCGGCCCACCAGCCCCCCCUACUAUCGGGGCGGCAGUCUCAAGCACCGCAUCCUGCACCCGCCGCCCAGCAUCCGCAUCGUGGAGCCGCCGGCCGCGCUGCUGGCCGCUGCCCCGCUGUCGGCCCCGCCCAUUCCGCUGGCCGAGGGGCCCCGGCUGGCCGUGUCUUCGAUGCACCCACCGGGGGGGGCGUCCCGCCUCCACUACCCGGCCUAUUUCCUCAAGGGCUCCAUCAUCCAGCUGGGCACGGGCCUGCUCAAGAAGGUGGAGGACCUGCACACCGAGGACUUUGUGACCAGUGCCAACGUGAGCAGGGACCUGCGCAUCGACUCGAGCCGGGUGCUCCAGAUGGCCACGGGCGACUCGGUGGCCACGCUCAGCUUCUCCGUGGGCCAGAACCAAGUUCAGGUCACGGUCGAGGCGCCCGUCGAGCACCCCUUCUUCGUCUUCAACCGGGGCUGGUCCUCGUGCAACCCCGAGCGAUCGCUGCAGCGCUACCGCCUCCAGUGCCAACGCCUCUCGGUGGGCGACGUGUGCAUCUCGCUCACGCACCGGGCCGCCAAGUCUCUCGACGCCCCCCCGUCUCGGGGCGAUGCCAGGGGCGCCCGAUCUGCGCCCAAGACGGACCCCAUGAACCCCCUGAGCAUUGGAGCCCAGUCGGGGGGAGCGCGCAAGCGCCGCUGGUCGGCCCCCGACCAGGUCACCACCCACGCGGGCCUUCCCAUGCCCCAGCGGACAGCCACCACGUGACUCUCUCCGCCUUUUCCAAAGACUCUAGAUUCUGUAGCCACUUCCGAGCUGCCCGCAUUACCAGGCUCUCCACUCAUCUUUCAAACUGAUGUGCCAGCGAGCCUGCUUUUACAGAUGGAGGCAGAAUUGCUUACUUUGAGGAACGUUUGUAUCUCUAUUUUUGCCCAAUAAUGCUUUUUAGACACUGGUGGCCAAGGAAUCUCCCUCCACCUUUGUUCACAGGCGGUGUACAAAAGCAGGCUGACAAAUCUGGGUAUGAUCUCCCCAAAGCGAGCUGCAGGUACCCCGCAAUCGCGGCCAGACAGAAAUGCGCGCAGAAUGUGUCUGCCAAAUCUAAGUCAUCCGAAGGACACAACUGCAACGGACGAGUCGUCAACGAUCUCACAAGCCCCCACUAAAUGCUGAGCAAUUCCGAAUUCUGAUCCCAAACUGCUUCAGCCAGUGGGGGGACAAAAAGAGCACCCUCGGGAGCAAACACAAGCUCAAAAAACUCUUGCCACAGGAAACCAUGCUGGUCAUGGAAAUGUUGCCUUUUACCACCCCAUCUCUUAAGUACCCUGCUGCAUUUUGUAGAGGAUUCGUAGCUAUUGUGUAAGCCCCCUUCAUAAAAACAAUUUGUAUGGUUGUUUGUUGUGUUACAUGGAGUCUCAAGCAUGCUGCGUGACUGCCAAACUGGUGUUUUGAAAAGAAAAAAAAGCUCUCCUGUGUUCAUAAAGAAGUUGCAGGGCUCGCGUCAAGGGAUGCUGAAAAUGAGUGUAUUGAAAGAUGCUGAUGGAGCCUAGGGUUGCCUUACUAGCAUUGUUGCAUGUACAGAUGGAUGCACAAUCAGUUUUAUUACAUGUGGAAUGCCAAACAAUGCAAUUGAGUGAUAAUUUGGUCCAUCCAGGGACUUGAGUCAUACGACCUGCUCACCUGAUCUCAGACACCAAGUGUUCCCUGUGGAAACUAAGGCGGGGGAGCGGUAAUCCUUCCUAAGCUGCAUGUUGUACGUUUGCGUGCAAGUGUUAAUGUUGGCCAGCUUGUUUACCAGAAAUUAAACCAGUGUUGACUUCUUGCAA